CAUGUCAAUCACGUGAUUAGCGUUUCAAGGAGCUGCCGCUGACGCAACCAGCUUGGUGCGUAAAGAGCUGAAACGGGAAAUGAGAGAGCCCAGUAAUAACACUCCGUGUGAGAAGCCACAGCGAGCGAGCAAAAGCACGAUGGAGAACGGCGAGAAGAGACAGAACAAGUGGUGGUCAGAGGGAGAUACUUUUGCACUGUUGGCCCUCAUUGAAGAACUAGGACUGGUGAGGGAGCUGGAUAAAACACGCCAGCGCAAUGAUUCCCAUUUCAAGCGGCUGAGGCACACCCUGGCCAAACGCAACAUCGAUUUCACCGUCAACCAAAUCCGCAACCGCUGGAAGAGCCUGAAACACAAAUACCGCAAGAUCAAGACAGCGGGCUACCGGAGCGGCGCCGCCAAACUAUCCGCGAUCGAGUCUUUCCGUUACUUUAAGAAGCUGGAUCGCAUGCUGGCAAGGAGACCCAAACCGGCGACCCCACCCCAUUUGGGAAGUGACAACCUGGUCGUGCUUUCUGCCUCUGAACUGGAGGACCACACAGACAGUGACCCACAGCAACCUUCUACAUCGGUAGCCUGGGAUCCCCCCACCAAUGACGCAGAGAUGGAUGUCGCUGAGGAAGACAUUAAGGGUCCUCACGCAGUACCCUUGGGUCUCAAGACCCCUCCGUGGGAGAGUGGGGAGGAGAUAGUCACCUUGGGACCUGCAGGGGAAUACCUGUAUCCUGUCAAUACUGGGCAGCAGCAGCUGUCCCCUGCACACUCCAUAGGGGGCUCCACUGGGCCCCACUGCACAAGUUCCACACCUAAUUCACUUGGUGGCGCUGAAGACACCAGCACCCUAAUCCUCCAGCAGCUGACCUUACUGAACCACCAGCUGGAAGAACAGAUGGCCGAGCAGCGGGCUUUCCAUUGCAGUGUGCUGGGAAUGCUGGACCGGCAAAUCGAAGUCCUGCAGCAGCUCUCCAGCAAUACCAGGACGCCACACCGGGGCGAGAGAGAGAACUGCCCCAGUGAGCAGGUCCACGGUGCCUUGGUUCACAUCAUGAGGGGCGUGGAGCAGGCUAGGGCCAAGGGACUAGUGGAAAGCCAAUCCAGACGGCGCCCCCUUGAGGCAGCUCUGCCUGUCUGGUCUGUGCCUCUGCUGGAGCUGAACCAGGGCUCCUUUUCCUCCUCAGCAUUAUCCUCAACCAAUGAGAACCCGCCUGGUGCCGUGACGUCACACGGAGGGAAAGUGGAACCUUCGGACGUAGCAGAUCAGCUCUCCCAUGCUCUUAAAAAAUGAGAAUGCAGCAGAGAAAUAGCAGCAAUCAGACAUGAUAUAAGUGAGGUCUUUUAGGAUUUUACCUUGUAGAGCAGGGGUAUCCAACCCUGGUCCUGGAGAGCUACUGCGGCUGCUGGUUUUCGUUUCAACCAAUCUCUGUUACUUAAUUGAACCAAUUAUUGGUUUAAUUAGUCAAGAUUUACAGGUGUUCCAGAUCUUUAGCCCCUGAUGAUGUAAAGACUCCUAUGAAAUCUGGCGUAGCUUAUAGCCUGAUUUCUACCUCCAGACCUUUAAAUGGAUGCAUAUUCCAUGGCGGAGGUGCAUCACUUAAUGAAACUUUGUAAAGACAUUCUUUAGUUAUUGAGACUAAAUCUAGGGGGUAUUAGUGGGCACCAUGUGUCUGUCUGCCUGUCCAUCUGUAUGCCGCAAUAUCAUCCCACACCUGCUCAAUUGGAUUAAAUCAGAAGACUGUGGUGGCCAGGGAAAAUGCAUGACAUCUCAGGCAUACUUCUCAAACCAUCUGUGCAGAAUUCUGGCAUGGCUGAUGGGUUCAUUUUUGUCUUCAAAGUAGCCAUCACAACAUUGUUGGGUGUAAACUACAGUUUUAUUUUGGUCUUGCAGCAAUUUUAAAC